AUGAAGCGUCGCGUGACGAUCGUGUACAAUCCGGUGCAGCCGGGCACUCGUCACCAGCCGCAUCAUCAGCAUCAUCAUCAUCAUCAUCCCGCAACCCUGCAUUCACCAUCGGCGGGAACGUUCCCAUCCGGUGGCAUCCACUCGACAGCAUUAGCAUCCUCCUCAUCAACGUCAGGUUCCGCAUCCCAGCACACGAUCAGCACCCUGUGUCUGUCCUGCAUGGCAACCGCGCCCAAUCCCGCGUCCGCCUACCGCUACACGCCCUCCUCCAUCCCUGCACCAUCCGCAACAGCGUCCUUUCCGUGCCAACGGUGCUGCUCGAUAUCAUCCAUUUUGAAAUCGUCGCCGGCGUCAUCAGCGACGCCGUUGAGUGCCUCAGAAAAAGCAGCACAGAUAGAAGAUGCUCUUAAUAAUAACCACCACCAUCAACAUCACAACCACCACCAUCAUCAGCAGCAGCACCAAACCCACCAGCAUCACAAACCAUCGACGGACGGAUGUUGUGCGGGCACGACCGAAUGCACCGCCCAGCGACAUCCGGCGAAACCGGCGGCCUCGCCCGAGGGCUGGUGCAUGUACCUGGCCGUCGGGCUAAUUGCGGCCCUGUGCUAUCUGAACGGCAUUCAGGGUGACUUCGUGCACGACGACAUACCCGCCAUCACGCUCAACAAGGACGUGCUCGGGAUCGGGCCGGUCGCGCAGGUGUUCCGCAACGACUUCUGGGGCACGCCGAUGGCCGACCUAAGCAGCCAUAAAUCAUACCGUCCGCUGACCACGCUGACGUUUCGCCUCAACUAUCUGACCUUCGGCCUGCGAUCGGUAUGGUUUCAUGCGACAAACGUGGCCCUGCAUGCUGCCGCCACGAUGCUCUUCACCCGCGUCUGCCUAACGAUAGCGGGACUGCGGCGAAACUUUGCCAUACUGGCCGGCGUCCUGUUUGCCGUCCACCCAAUCCACACCGAGGCGGUGACGGGCAUCGUGGGACGUGCCGAUGUGCUGGCGUGUAUAUUCUUCCUAAUUUCGCUGCUGGUUUACCACGGCCGUUGCCAUGAACCCGACAUGAACUCGAUAUGGCUCAGCAUUGUGCUCGGUGGGUUGAGCAUGCUGGCGAAGGAGACGGGCAUUACCGUGUUUCUGCUAAACGUCGCGUACGACACGUACCGCAACUGGCCAGCCCUCAAGCGCACCGUCCAGGAUAUGCGCUGGAGCGAGGAAACGCAUCAGUUCGGCCGCCGGGUGUCGCGUGUGCUGCUCUCGAUGGGUGUCCUGCUAGCGGUACGGUUAGCCCUGCUGCAGGGUUCGUUACCACGGUUCUCGCAGCAGGACAACCCGACCGCCUUCCAUCCGAACCUUUACGUGCGUUUGCUUACGUUCUGCUACCUGGCCGCCUUCAACUGGUGGCUGCUGCUGUGUCCUUCCACGCUCAGCCACGACUGGCAGAUGGGUUCGAUACCGCUCGUUACCACGGCCAGCGAUCCUCGAAAUUUGCUCACAUUCAUUGCGUUUGGGGCGGUGCUGCUGUUUGCUUGUCGCGGGCUUAUGGAUUGCGAGCAUCAACGUCACGUGCCGGCGGUAUUAGGGUUUCUAUUAUUAGUGCUACCGUUUCUGCCCGCCACCAACCUAGUCGUAACGGUGGGCUUCGUCGUCGCGGAGCGAGUUCUCUACAUUCCAAGCAUGGGCUGCCUGAUUCUGGUGGUGUACGGUGCCCAGCGACUCUGGGAACGUUCGGACCGUCUGCGUAGACCGAUCCUGCUGCUUGCAAUCGUGCUUCUGGCGGCCGGCUGUCUCAAAACCAUCGCCCGUAACCAGGACUGGAGUUCGCGCGAAGCAUUGCUGCGCUCGGGCCUGAAAACGUUACCGCACAACGCCAAAAUGCACUACAAUUUCGGCAAUUUCCUGCGGGACUCGUCGCAACCCGAACCGGCGAUCGCUCAUUACCGGGAGGCGCUGCGGCUGUGGCCAACGUACGCGAGCGCACACAACAACAUCGGCACGCUCAUGCCGCAGUUCGCCACGGCCGAGUAUCACUUCCGGGAGGCUAUCAAAUAUGCAUCCGAGCACAUUAACGCGCACUACAAUCUAGGCCAAUUAUACAGAAAAUCGAACCGAACGACCGAUGCCAUCCGGAUGCUGGAACGCUGCAUUCAGCUGGAACCACUCUUUACCGCGGCUUACCUGGAGCUGGUGAAGCUGUACGGUGGACAACCGGCGGCUGCCGGUCGGCUGCUUGCGCGGGUUGUACGGCUCAAUCCCUACAAUGCGGACCUCCGCCGGCAGUACGGCGACUGGCUGAUGGAGCAAAAUAUGCUGCUGGAAGCGUUCAAACAAUACCAGGAAGGGAUCAAAAUAAUGGAAACUCAUCAAUUAUCCGUGAUUGGAGCCUGUCGCUGUCUACGCAAAAUGGGACAACAGUCGCGAUUACAUCAAAUGGUGCUGAGAUGGCAAUUUAUAGUUCGCUUAUCGAACGGCGGCAUUCCGAUACAGAACGAUAUCUAUCUCCGUGAUUGGAGCAUAAAGCACGAGCUUCGCAACCGGGCGAUGAUAUACGACAGUGGAAGUAGCAGCAGUAGUAGUAGCAGCAGCAGCAGCGGCACCACCACUGCCGGCGGCACCACCACCAGCAGCAGUAUUGUGAAGGGCAACAAUGCCCCCAUCGCUAGUCGGGAUGCCGAAAGCAUAAAAGAUUGCUCUAACGCACAUCCCAGCAAACGUACGGAACCACGACCACAGACGGAACCGGCCGAAAUUAGCAUACGAAUUCUGCGCACACCACACUGCAACCGAUCGGAGCAUCUUCCAAACUCGCUGAAAGCCUGCAAACUAGCGACGGCAUCCUCGGCGGCAUCCCCACCCGAACCCACCGCCCAAAACUCUGCCGCCACCUCGCACACGGGGAACGGUAGUGGAAAAUCGAAAAAAUGGUCCAAAGCGCGCCACAAACCGAAACGGCAGCAACCAGCAGGCGCUGGGCUCGAUCCUAACGGGGCUCUCGCACCGCUGCUCGUGUCGAACAGCCUGCUCGAUAAGCUGUAACGGACAGGUACGGCGAAACGGUGCACGGCGUGCUCGGAUGGGUGGCGUUCAACCGAACCGGAUUAGUCCCAGGCAGCACGCAGCAGCUUCGUGAUGAUCGAUAGUGAUGAUUUUAUUUCCCCCUUGCCAAUGGAAUCCCCGCCGGGAUUUGCACCGGGGAUGAACUGAUUUCAACAAGCAAUGGCACAAACAAACCAACAACAACAGAGAUUAAAAAAAAAAACACACACACACGGACAAAACGCAAUGUCCCGCGCAUAGUAUGAUAAAUCGCAUUAAUAUUACUUGUAAGCGAUGCGGCGUACACGGACCGAAAAACAAACUGUGCAUGUGUGCGGCAGGGUGCAAAACGGUGUCGCUAAAGUGAACAUAAUAAUCACUCAAACCGAUGCGACCGUUUCCGGUACCGGCGCAACUAAUAUUUUACCCCCUGCCCUAGUGCCCAUUACGGUAAAGGGGCGGGGGGGGAGGGGGAACUCUAGGAGGGCAAAUUGUAAUUAUUUUAAUCCAUAUGCCUGUGCUUAACUACGCUCGCUGCACACAGCCUGUACAUUUUCGGUAACGUGGUGGUAGAUAGGUGCGAGAUAGAUAAGCGAACGCGAUUAUCCCUAUAUGCGCGAUCUGUAAAUACGCACAUCCCCAAUCCCGGGUGAGAUCGAGUGGUAAGUGAGUGAGAUGCUAGUGAUUAGUGGCGCAGUAGGCGAACCCGGCACGAACGAACGAGCGUGUUUCGUGCGCUUCCUAGAGUAACGGGCUGCAUAGCAGUGGGAAGGCAAUAUUUCGAUUCUAAUUCGAAACUCCGAUGCACAUGGGGUGGAUUCGAGUACCCGAGUAAGUUGUAUAAACAGAAGCUAAGAAAUAAGACUGUAGUGAUGGGAAGAGGCACGAACGCGAACGGCUUACCAAACGGUAUUAUUAUUUCAUCUGUCGUCUCUAACAAGCUCAAAUGGUUUCGAUCUGUCAAGUGGCAGGAAAAAAAAAUCCACCUCUCCAUUCAACCGCUCGAGUAAAAUUAUUGUUUCCAUGCCGCUAAACGCUGCUCGGGGAUGUACUUUUGCGGGGUUGAUUUUUGUUCGGCUUCACCGAUGCCAUGCUGUGAAGUAUCGUUUUUCAAAUUUCCAUCACGCAAACGCAAAACCGAGAUCGGCAGCCUGAUGGAAAUGAAACGGCUCUAUUCACUCGAGUGAGUGCCGAAAUUAAACGAACUGUAAAUAGCAUUCCCUUACGUCCCGUAGAUAUGCCGUGUUUAACGAGGUGCCGCAUUGCUUACUGCGAUGAAACGAUGGUCAGCUCAUACCGGACCAGAUUCGUCAGCGUUUGAAAAGGGGGGUUUUGUUCCACUUUUUUUUUGUUAUAACCCCCUCAGAGCAGAGAGUGGGGCGAAGGCGCUGGAGAGUAACGAAUUUAUUUCGGCGACGCGUCACCGCAUCGCCGUCAGAGCAACGAACCGCAAUAAUGACCAGCCAUGAGACUUCUUUUUUUUUGUUUCAAGUAUGUACAAUACCACAUACAACAUGAGCCAAAGUAGGCUAGAGCUUGUUUGAGUUUGCGCGUCCUACUUGGAUGUCGUUUUUUCGCAAAUGCAAAAAUACGAAGGACGCAAAUCAAUUACAACCAGGUAGGGGGCAGAUCGAAAGUAAAACAACAACAACAACAACAAAAAAAAACAGACACAAAAAGCAUCGCGCUCAGUAACAACUACCAUAAGCUGUAAAUCGACUCCAUAAUUGGACGAACUUGCCGCAAAGAGAGAAGUAAUGUGUAAAUGAAAACAAGACAGAAAAAAGAGAGAGCGAGAGAGAGAAAGAGAAAAACGCAAGCAACGCUUUCGUCAAACCCCGUCACCUCGGUGCGUUUGAUGGUGGAAAGUUUGAAAGCGCAAAAAUGAAACAAACACUCACAAAAGAAAAUCGUCCGAACGAUGUAGCGAACUGGGAAUUGAUUGGGCCACAGAAACGAAAGGGCAGCAGGUGGUAAACAUGGAAUGAAAAACAAUACUGUAAACCGCUAAAGCGAUCAAAGCGAUCAAUAAUAAAAC